CACGUGACUUGCACAAGCCGAUUGUGAAGGGUAGCAUCUGAACCGUCCACGUCUUCAUAAUGAGCCAUGAAAGGCACUGAUGAAAUUCUCCAGUAACCAAAAUCCAGAUUAGACUUCGAUACCGAGGCACAAAUUUUUAUCCAGAGAAAUAUCAAUGGCAGAACCAAAAGCAGCCCCAAAAAAUCCUUCAUCAUCAGCAGAAAAGGAUGUAAAAGCAGAACCAAAUGUGAUGGAAGAGUUAGAAGCAAUGACUCAUAGUGGAAAAUCUCCACACCAUCAUCGAGAGACGCACGGAAGAAGUGAUGAUAUUGAUGAGGAUACUCCGAUUGAUGAAGUUAAAGGACCAGGUGUGUUUGGACGAAUCAAGGAAGAGAUCGAGGCCCUUGUUGGGGCAAUCCAUUCUAAGAAGGACAAGAGUGACCAAUCAUCUUCUUAGAGAGGAAUUUGAUUUGCGCUUUUACUUUUAAUAUGUGGAAGAAAAAACUUUAUGUUGUCUCUGUUUAUUUGUUUCUUGGUUCAAGCUUCACCUUUUGAAGAAGAAAUAUUGGUUUCUGUUUGAUUUCUUGAGUUGGGCUUUUUGCUGUUUUUUAGCUGGCUUUAUUUAGCUGCUGGUGGCUGCAUUGACCCUGGUUUUGGAUUUAAAGAUAACCUCAAACUGUGAUCAUGGAAAUGGUAAGAUAUGAUGCUAAGAACUUCAAAGCCUGCUUUGAAGCUUCUAAUGCUGGAGUGGAAAAGGCUUGUAGACUGCUAUGACAAUUUGGUUGGUGUUUGAGAGCAUAUUGCAUGUCUACUGCAUAACCAGUUCCCAUGACACAGGAACCAAUCCAUUGUAUUCUCAAGUGAGCAUGCAACAUUUCAUUUUGUUUUCUGCUCAUAGGUGAUCAUAAUUCCUUACAAUUUCCAGUAAUCAAAGCUGGCCAUUAUUAUGGAUUGACACUCUGUUUGCUUAUGUGAUUAUAUUAGUGUUUAUUAUCAGAUGUCCGGUAUGUAUUUUGGGGACCUUGUGCUUACUAUGAGCAGUUUCAUGCUUUGCACUUGCUUCUGUAAAGCGGUAAAAGUUUCGAGUAAUGCAGACAUCUGGAAACCCUUUUCGUUCUC